AUGGGGAGAGAGAAGCGUGUUGCCCCGGGCGCGGGCACUGGCGAUCACGCUAAGGAGCGACACAAGCGAGAUCGCAAAGGAAAUGUUAUAGAUUGGUCUGCUCCAUUGCCACCAGGCCUGGUUGCCAGGCCUGAGCAACCUCGAGUUAGCUCGAAACACAAGUCGUGGUUCGAGUUCAUCGAGAACAAGGACAAGAAGAAGAAGCUUGAGCUUGAGUAUACGGAGAAGAAGGAAGCGCCGCCUGGCUUUGAGUUCGUUCCUAUUGGGAACCCGGCUCUAACGACGGCAUGCAAAGAGCUUUCCCGUGAACAGGAUGCGAUGGUAUUCAUCGUGACGUCAAUUCAUGGCCUUUCCAAGAGGCUCAGCUCUCACCUUAACCGAAUCGGCCACCAUGUCCGACAGACCAUCGUGGAGCAGGCGCGGGCCACCCUCGGCGAUGAGGGACUUGGGGCCGUAGGGGCGGCGCCCGGCCUACCUGAACCCAUCCCAGAGAAGCAGGAGGAUAUAAAUGCGCAAGCUGACGCAGCCAUAAGGGAUUUGUUCCCCCGGGUCCCAAACACUGACCGGCAGAGCAUCAUCGAGCACGCGUUCAACAAGUCGCGGCCGGUGGGUAAGGAUGGUCCCCCAGUUGGGCUUGCUUCGGAUAUUACACUCUCGCGCCGUGUACAAUUGGCAGUCCUCGCCCAUAUCCGACACAACCAUACCCGCUACGACCAGUUACUCAGGGAGACGACCUACGUCAACGCGAGGAAGGCUGUGGAAUCGCUAUGCCUCGAUAUCCUGGUCAAGUGGCGAGGAGACGAGGAAACGGGGCGUGACCAGCUCGACGAGAUUCUCUGCGAAGUUAUUGUCAUUUCAGAUUCCGAGAGCGAUGAGUCAGAUGACGAGGAUGACGAAGCGGAAGAAGAAGAUGGGAGCGCCGCUUCUUCAGCCGUAUCGUCCUCUGUCGAUGGGGGUGCCCCAUUGGGCCGCCUAAUGCAGGAAGAGCCGGCACUGACGCCGGCGUUGGCUACGGACCUCUCUUAUAGAGAAGGGCUUCGCGCGAACCACGCGCCGCGGAAAGUCGCAAAGCCUUCUCGUAAGGAUCGGAGAGCCGCGAAAUGGCAUCAAAGGGGCUUUGGGCGCUACCAGGCUGCCCGAGACCAAGCUUGGCAUCAAGCUGUGGAGCGGCAAAGGGUUGACACGCAUGCGACGAUGGCAUCGGCUGAGCCUAUUACCUCGGACAGGUUAUCAAGCCAUAGACAACAACUGCGGUCAAUCGGCGAGCCCAACCGUGCGGACCUGCCAGUUUCGGUGAGCGCAGACCAAGCAGAGCCGCUGUACCAUGCUAGGGAUCCAUACGCGACCUCGCAACGUUUUGUAGACGUGCCCUGUGGACAGGGGCAUCGAACCGAGGGUAUACAGCAUGCACACCCUCCGGACACACAUCGCAUACCACAGCAUAUUCUUGCCCCAGCAGGCGACCAGGGCGGUGUGUCCGGAUCUAUAGUUGGGUCCCGGGCGCCUGCACAUGGAGCCCCCGAGGUAGAAUGGGUAGGUCACCGAGGCCAAGACCUCAAGGACUACCUGGUGCCAUCCAUUGAGCCCGCAUCCCCAGAACCUCCCAGACCCGUUAGGCGGCUUCCAGUUUCGUAUCGCCCUCUGGAGCCUAGCAUCUUUCAUGAUGACCAGACUUUGGUUCAUGGAGCGGCCCGCAACCCCGCAGGGCCUCCUCCCACUUUCCAUCCAGCCAACGACGGUCGCGGUGAUUUCUCCGAAGAGGGAUUCAUCAGACUUCCUCCUCGUUCCGACCCUAACCGGGCACCAGUGGCGCCUGAGCAACGACACGAGGAGCCAUUUAUUUUACUAAACCCACAACAUGUCCGCCCAACCGAAGGUCAUCAGGCGACUCUGGCUGCUCCUCGUGUGUUGAGCACGCAGUAUCGGUCCUCCCGACCGGAGAACGCCGAAAGCUAUGGCUACAGAAACUUCGGCGAAAGGGCACAGCCCGCGUGGCCCGCGAGUGACGGGCCCAUCCCUAGAUCGGAGGCGCAUCCGAUCAUCAUUCGGGACUACCCCCCACCAUCUAUGCAGCCCCGAAUGGGGCCUUUGUAUACCCUCCCGGGCGGCGGGCGGCCAUCUCCCACGAUGUAUGCCGAGGCACACCAGGCUGGCCUGAGGCGGGUGGAUGACCGCGACCGACACCAUGUUGAAACUAGUAUUGACCAACGCAUCGAAACGCUGGGGGGUGAUUUGGUUGAAAUUGUUCGGGUUUCCAACACGUUUCCUAGGAAGCACGAGCCCCACCAGACCCAACUGGAUCCAAGCCGGUAUAGCUUACGAUCGGGAAUGCCGCAGCAGCGUGUGGUACAUCAAGCGGACUCGGGUAUAGUAUCACACGAUCCUCGGCAGAUCCCGGGGCCCGGGCAAAGGUUUGAGCGGGUGGUAGGGAGAGUGGAAGUUCCCAUGGCCGUCGACGAGAACACGCCUUUCGUCGUGCACCAUCCCCAGGGCUACUCAAGGACGACGCGCGAGGCCGAAACUGGGUAUGGCCGCCCAUACCCUGGCGUCGAGACCCGCGUCUACGAAGAUGGCGGCCCGUUAUAUGAAACUCGCCAUCCAACCUAUCGGUCCCGGUCGCGCUCGAUGAUGCCUGCAGCAUAUUCUACCCAGCAAUAUCCACCGGGUAGCGGCCGGCCCACUCCCCGGAGGGAUGAUGUGAUUUUACUCGAUUGA